AUUAUAUUUAAAAACAUGAAAGAAUGCAUUGAAGAGAAAGUCUACCAGGCAGAAAUGGACAACCUGCCAGUAGCAUUCGCAGAUGGUUCAGUGAAUGGUGGUGAGAAGCCUGGAGGAAAUAGCUUAACCAUUCAUGAACAUAUACCUGGGCAGUACAUAACAAUCCAAGCAACGUACAUUGGUACCACCAUUGCUGUGCGCCAGGUAGGGAAGCACCUGUCCUUCUCCAUCCGGACAGCUAAGGAGAUAGCAUUCUCCUUCACAGAUGAACAGGAUCUCCAGCUGUGUAUGUCAGGAUGCUUUCUCAGCCAGCGCAUCUCUAUACAUAACUGCUGUCAUCCAAAAGGUAGCCUGACAAGAAAGAAAGCUCAUCUGCUAUGUAAGGAGAAGCUACCAGUUGAAGACAUCUACUUCCAGUCAUGUAUCUUUGAUGUGAUGACUUCAGGAGAUGUUAACUUUACUCAAGCAGCACAGAAAGCAUUGGAAGAUGCCAGGGCACUCCAUCCAGAUUCCAAGAAAAUCCACAUUUUCCACAGUGAUAGGACUUCUCAUCCUUGCAGUUCAUCCUUCCUUCUCUUAAUCACAGUACUACAACUGUAUAUGUGA